UCCUCCGUUAAAAAAACAAAUCUUUUUCGUCUUUUUUAUCUCGCUCUCUCUCUGUGACUCUCUCUCUCUCUCUGAUUCUCUCCUGUCUCUCUCACACCACCACCGCAUAUUCACUCACUCACUCUCUCUCCUCGGCCGCCUGGAAAUGUGAAAUCGAAUUUCGCAGAGGAUUCGAUUAGGGCUUUUGAAGGAUUGUUAGGGUUUGGGAAGAAUGCCGUUGACGCGGUACCAGAUACGGAACGAGUACGGCUUGGCCGAUCCGGAGCUCUACAAAGCCGCCGAUAGAGAUGAUCCGGAGGCCUUACUCGAAGGCGUCGCCAUGGCUGGACUCGUCGGCGUCUUGCGUCAGCUUGGCGACCUUGCCGAGUUUGCUGCUGAAAUAUUUCAUGACUUGCAUGAAGAAGUAAUGGCAACCGCUACAAGAGGCCACGGUCUAAUGGUUCGCGUCCAACAGCUUGAAGCAGAUUUUCCUUCAAUUGAGAAGGCACUUCUAUCUCAAACGAAUCAUUCGCCGUUUUUUUCAAAUACAGGUGUUGACUGGCAUCCUAAUCUGCGUUGCGAACAGAAUCUGAUCACCCGUGGAGACUUACCUCGCUUUGUAAUGGAUUCUUAUGAAGAAUGCCGUGCUCCUCCUCGGUUAUUCCUUCUGGACAAGUUUGAUGUUGCUGGGGCUGGGGCAUGUUUAAAGCGAUACACUGAUCCGUCAUUCUUUAAAGUGGAAUCGGCAUACUCAUUAGCACCAGCAGAUAUGCAGAGAGAAAGGAAGAUCCGUAAAGUAAAGCAGAAGAAAGGAUCACGCUGGAGGAAUGGUGAAACCCCAGACGUUUUACUGCCAUCACAUGCUAAACUGCAUGAGUUAUUUCUGGAGGAGCGCAUUCAGAAUGGUUACAGUGACCCUGCUCGUCGUGUGAAAUUAAAGAAAAGACAUUUGAAUGGAUCUGCAGUUGACUCAAAAACCAAGAAAAGUUACAUGGAUAAAUUUAUGGAGACUCAUUCACCAGAGCGUAAACUGGUUUGUGCAACUUCUGUUACUUCCCCGCUCUUGAAUUUGAGCUCAGAUAAUAAGAAUGAGUCGGGGCUUAGAAUACUUGACAUUAGUAUUGUGAGUCCUGCAGAAAAGUCUCCGGAAAGGAGUAGUGCUAGUUCUUCAACUACUAAACACCAAGAAGUCGUAUCAAAACAAUCAAUGGAUGGUUUGAAUGGGGGCUCUUUCUAUGGAAAAAUUGCCAAGGGGUCUGAACCAAAUUCUGAUGGUGGAAGUGACAACAGCUAUUCCAACCUUCAAAUGGUAGCAGUUGAGAGGGCAUUAGAAGUUGAUGGAGAAGACAAAACUGAAGGCAGUGUAGAGGGAUACAAUUCUGAUGAUUUGCCCAGUGAGGUAGAUAAUUACGUGGAUGCUCUUGCUACUAUGGAUUCAGAAGUGGAUACGGACAAUGAUAGCAGAGCUAAGAGCAAUCUAGGCUUAAUGAAGGUUGACAAAUGCAGGACAGACUCUGAUGCAAAUGAGGAGGAACAUGUAGAGCUUCAAGCUCAAUCUUUGGAUUCUCAAUCAAAUGAGAACUCUUCUUGGUCAGAUGAGUGGAAUAAUUCAUUCAUAAGAGAUAGAGCCAGUCUGCACUCUGACACUUUAAGCAAUAUGGUUGAGAAUACACCUUCAGAGUGUAAUGGAGCAGCUAAAGAAUUACCAUCCACUGAAGCUUGUGGAGCUGUGGAUACAUGUAUUCAGGAAAGCAUAAACCCUGAUAGUGGAGAUAUAUCUUGCAAUAGGUUGGUUGGGGAAAUGAGUCCUACACAACCACAUCCAGACCAUGGAGCAAAGUCACCUGUGGCUUCAUAUGUGGGACCUUUAAUAGAUGAAACAUCCUCCUAUAAAAUUAAAUUUGGUUCUGAAUCAUUUGACAUCAGAGAAAAUGGGACAAAUCUGGAUAAUUUCAUGACAGUUGUUCCUGAUGGUUCUUCCCAGGCUAAGGAUGAGUUCACAAAUACUUCUCCUACGCUUCCUCUAGUUGAAGCAGAUGAAGAAGAUUUAGGUGCCACUUCUGAUGAUUUACCGCAUUUGAAAAAUGUUGAAGAAUUGGCUUCUGUAAAUCAUAGCGGCAAUGAUUCUGUGAAUAAAGUGUUUCAGACACAAUGUGCUGAUGAAGAUGCUGUGGGAAGCUUCGCCAGUAGAAAGAUUGAUUCACCACUUUCAAGUAUUCCAUCUACAGAAGAGCAGCUCUUUCCUUCAGCAAUGAAAGAAAUACAAACAUCUUCAGGUUCUACAUUACUGCCUCAUAAUUCAGAUGUUGCAAAGCCUGUCAACAGGGUUUCUGUAGUGGAUGAUCCUGUUAAACCAACUGCAUUCAAAUCUGGAGUUAUACCAUGGAGACGUAUCUCAAGAGAGUCAUAUCCUGGAGGGGAUGCUCCAAAGACACAUGGCCUAAUAGAGCAGAAGGAUGCUCCACAGACACAUGUCCUAAAAGAGCAGAAGGAUGCUCCACAGACACAUGUCUUAAUGGACCAGCAAAUCUCCGAUUUAGAUGAGGAUAUGUCCCACUAUGAAGAGAAAUUCAAAACUGAAGAGAGAUCUAGGACUGUGGAUGAUGAGGAGAUAGGCUUAUUCACCAGCAAUGCUGAUUCAGAGGGAGGAGAUUCUGUUUCUAUAGAACUUCCAUCAAACUCUCCAACUUAUUCAGGCGAUGGGGAUCAUGUACUUUCAGCCAAUAUAGAACCUGCAACAGUUCAUGUAGAAGAUGUGGGUGCGUCCUCUGCUGCUGUUGCCAAAUCUGAUGAUGUCAAUGAUUUUAUUGAUACAUCUCCAGGCACCAGCAAUGUUGAUGCAGAGGAAGGAGAUUCUGUUUCUGUAGAACUUCCAUCGAACUCUCCAACAUAUUCAGGCCUUGGGAAUCUUGUAGUUUCAGACAAUAUAGUACUUGAAACAGUUCAUGUAGAAGAUCUUGCUGUGUCCUCGGCUGCUGUUGCCAAAUCUGAUGAUGUCUAUGAUAUUGAUACAUCUCCAGAUGCAAAUUGUUCUCCACCAUUGAAUUUUAUGAAUUUGCAUGAAUCUCUUCCUGACUUCAGGGAUUCCCAUAUGAAAGAAUCUGAAAUGGAUGAUGUAGCUUCUCCAAAAUUCGUGUCAGACUCAGAAAUGCAAAAGGAAGCAAGUAAAGUUGAAGUUGUUUCGCCAGAUUCAGAUUCAGACCCAAGUAAAUCAGUUGCUUAUAAUCCUUCCAGUUCAAAGGUAUUUGAUGACGAUCAUAACUUGUCCCUGGAUGAGCAGAAUGAACACGGCGCGACUGUCUAUGAUGACCCCACAGCCUCAACAUCUUUGGAAAUGAGCAAUCAGGAGUCAGAGUUGCAAUCUCUGGAUCAGACUUGUGGAGAGUAUGCUGUGUCAUCAUCUACCUCUGCCCUUCCAGAACCUGACCUCCAAGAAACUGAAACGAAUUUAGACAUUUUGUUGGAGUUGCAAGCUAAUCAAGUUCAUAUGGAAAAUUUGGAAAGAGACGGAGCAAGUGGUCAGCUAGAAGCUGCCUUAGAACGGUCGCCGGAGUUUCAGUCUGAUCAACUGGGUAUGGAAGAUUCACAAGAAGAUCAAGCUAGUACUAACUCAUUAAGUUCUCAAUAUGCACAGAUUGGAUUUCCAAAUCACCCAGAUAAGGAGAUAUCCAAACUACCAUCCAUGGAAGAUUCACAAGAAGAUCAAGCUAGUACUAACUCAUUAAGUUCUCAAUAUGCACAGAUUGGGUUUCCAAAUCACCCAGAUAAGGAGAUAUCCAAACUACCGUCCAUGGAUCACAUCAAUCAAGAGACAUGCUUGGAUGCUUCCUCUGAAUCUUUUCCUGAAGACCUUCCAAGUCAACCUUCAACUUCAGAGUUCUUUACAGAAUCAGCAGGCCAGGAAACUGAUCUUUUAAAGCCAAAAAUGGAACCGUUAGAGUCUAUUCUUCCUAACUUUGUCCAGCCACCUGUGGUCAAUCUUGAGGACACGCCACCGUUGCCACCUCUACCACCUAUGCAAUGGAGGUUAGGAAAGAUGCAACAUGCUUCGCCAGCCUCACAUAGAGAUUUGGGAGGUGUUAGCAAUGAUUCAUUCUUGCCAAUGCAGUCACUGAAAGCUGAUGAGAAAGCUCAAUUUGAUCUACCAGCACCGCAGAGAGAGCUACUGCAGCCUCAACACCCAUUUUUAUCUCUCACAGCAGAAGAUAUGAAGUCCCAACUUGUUUUUGGACCUUUGGUGGGCCAUGUUGUGCCUCCCGCACCAUUUUCGCAAGAACCAACUGAUAAUGAUUCCAAUCAUCAAUACAAUUUUCCUGAUUUAGGGGGAAUGCAAUUCUCAAGCCCAUUCAUACAACUAUCAAAGGUCUCUGGUGACAGCUCUGGACACAAUGACAUUGAUUUAGAGGGAGAGAAGGGUCUGUCUAGUUCGAAGCCAAUCACAGUUCCAGGCACUGAAUGUACAACAUCUGGACAAGACCCUGUAUUUUCUCAUGGGGAAAUUGUCCAUCCCCAACAGUUGAUGCCGGAAACAGGUUUAGAGCUUGAGGUACUUAAACAAUCAUUCGAUAAUUCAGAAUUGGAACAAGCUAGACCCCUUGCCACAUCUGUGACGGCACCAACCAUGGAAGAUGAGCAGCCUCAGCAUAGUUUGCCAACAACAGAGGGAGGAAAGGUUCAGUCUACUUCAAAGCCAUUAACAGUACCAGGAGCUGAAUGCACAACUUCUAGACAUGACCCUAUCCAACCUCCGCAACAAUUAACGAAGGAAUCAGAAAGGGAACAAGAAAAGCUUCUUGCUACAUCACUGACAGCGACAACUACAGUAGAUGAGAAGCCUCAGCAUAGUUUGCCAACAUCAGAGGGAGAAACAGCAUGGUCAUCAAAUGCUUCUGAUGUAAUGCCGGACUCAGAAUUUGGAAAGUCUAAUGGAACAGUGAAUAAGAUCCCUCGUCCUAGAAAUCCCCUUAUUGAUGCUGUCGCUGCUCAUGGCCAAAGCAAGUUGAAAAAGGCAAGUGAACGAAUUCAGCCUCAGAUUGAACCAAAGGUAGACGAAAGAGAUUUAUUUCUGCAACAGAUAAGAACCAAGUCCUUCAACCUGAAGCCUGCAACUGUGACAAGAUCCACACCACGACCCAACAUUCAGGGUCAUAAUCCCAACUUGAAGGUCAUCUCUCUCUUAGAGAAAAAAGCAAGUGCAAUCCGCCAGGCAUUUGUGGGAAGUGAUGAAGAUGAUGAUGAGAGUUGGAGUGAUUCUUAGCGGAAUUUAUUCUACUUCAGCUUUUCACCCUACAGUUAUUGCCUCGAACUGGCUGGUAGAUGCUAUUCUCUUACACCAGACCGGCGUUUUCUGUAGCUUGUAUUAUACAACCCCCUUUCUCUUGCUGAAAAUCUGUUUGUAGUGUCACUCAGCUCUAUUCCACAGAAAUCUAGUGCAAGGCAAAUGCCUAUAUACAAGAAUGAAGCUGUGGCUCAGCGUGCAAGCGCAGCACAGUUCCAAUCAACUUCUACGUAUAACCAUAUUAUUAAAAUCUUGGCAGGUGUAAAUUGUUGGAGUGCUAUAAAUGUAGCAUGUAGCGUACUGAUAAUGAAAUUUUGUAAUGUCUGUAUGUAAUGGUUCUCUAGUGCAUAUAUGUUAUACUGUGUAUUGUGUUUAUAUAGUCAUGUCAAGGUGCGGAAAUAUU